AUGUCAGCACUGGAACCUGUCGUAGCAAAGCUGGCAGGCGACCCUGCCUAUGACGAGAACCAACGAACCAUCUCCGAAGCCAUUGGUGCUGACCACGGAGCCAUCGACAUGUACUCCGACAACAUCAAGACUGCGAGCACCUUGCCAGAGUCAAAAGGGGAAGGAGAUGGCCGACGUGGACCGCGAGCAGCAUAUGGCGGUGCGUGUAUUGGUCAGGGCUGGCAACGGUGGAAAUGGUUGGUUUUGGAGGGCAAAUUGCACCAACUGUUAGAAUUUUGGAAAUCGAAGUUGCACCAACUACCAUAUAUUGAAAACCAAUUAGCUGUCAAGGGAAAGGAUGACUGGGUCAUGAAUUCAUGUGUGGUGUAA